AUGAAAUAUGAUUUAAACUGCACCAAUAUAUCUCAAAGUCGCUUUAAUAGCUUUUAUGCAUCUGACAAAGAUCGCAAGCACAGUUGGAAGUGUCCUGAAUGUUGCAGUAAGCUACCUAAAGUGGAAAAUACUAACAACCCCAUCCAACCUACUGCUUGUCGCGACCUUGUAGAAACCGGAGACCUUAGCAACACCUGUGGUACUGGAAACUUGGGACCGCACUCCAGAAAUGUCACCCUGAGGAAGCGCGAUCUGGAAAAGUCAAUUUCUCUCGUUGACUGCUCAUCAGAAGAACCUGGGAAUGGCGGCGAUUACAUUACUGAAACUAAGCUGAGAAGCAUACUUCAACAGGAACAGGCGGGAGCACUUCGUUUAGCAAUAAGGCAGCUUGUGACCGCAGAGAUAAAGAAUAUGUCGGGGGAAAUCAAGGAACUGAGGGAAUCUCUAACGUUUUUCAACAGGCAGUAUGAAUAUUUAAAAUUGGUUUCGAAAGGAAUACAUUAG